GAUCUCAUUCAUUGAUUCUCUUCUUCUUCUUCUUCUUCUCUUCUAUAUCAUCUUCUACUUCUUGUUGUGUUUUGUUAGUUGAAGUGAGUGAUGUUGCACCAGUGCUGCCAUGGAGGUUACUGUUCAUGUGAGGUCUUACAUGGAACUGUACCAUUCUCCAUUCUCUUUCCACUGAGGAACAACAAAGCAUCCAUGCAAAGAGGAGGAAGAGAAGAAGAAGAAGAAGAAGAGUUCUACAGUUCCAGUUUUAAUAUCAGCAGUAGUAGUAAUAAUAAUAAUAAUAACAACAACGUAGAUUGCACUUUGUCACUUGGAACACCAUCAACUCGCCAGACUACUCACAACUACUCCAACUCCACCACCAAUAUCAAGCCUUCUUUUUGCAGCUGGGACUUCUUCUCUCACUCCAGCACCAGCACCACCACCACCACCAACAACAACAACAUCAACAACAACAACAACAAUGGUAAUAGCAAUACUACUACUAGUACUGCUUGUUUGGCUGGUGAUCCUCUUCUUCUUGCUCGCCGUUGUGCCAACUGUGACACCACCUCCACUCCUCUCUGGCGCAACGGUCCUCGAGGCCCUAAGUCAUUGUGCAAUGCAUGCGGUAUUAGAUACAAGAAGGAAGAGCGACGAGCGGCAGCAUCGUCGAAAGGGCCAUCUAUAUCGAUGUCAUUCUCCGGCGACAUCGACGAGAAAAAUAAUUACCUCUCAUGGCGGCUCAACGUGGUCCCUAGAGACAUUAACAGGACCAGCCUCUUCCAAUACCAGUAGUAGAGUACUGAAAGAAAAAGAAAAAGGAGAUCAGUCAUAGUUUUGCUGUUUUUCAUGAACAUUUAAACAAAAGAAAAGAAAAGAUGGCAGCUGUUCUUAUGUAUGCUUUCACUAGAGCUUCCCCUUUUUUGGUUUUUUUUCCCCUUUAUUUUUUUCUUCUUUUUAAAUUUCUCUCAUUAAUGUUGUGUAUUUUCGUCUUCCAAUUUGGUUUCAAGUUUUUGUUGUACGUAUAGUUUGAUUAGGUAAUGAAAGAAAGGAAUCUAAUCAUCCGUACUUGUACGUACUUACAAUGGGGUAUCUAUGU